AUGCAUCGUCGUAAUUCGGUUUCUGUUGAGGAUGGAGUUGUGGGUAAACCGGCGGAAAUCGGCGAAUCGAAAAAAUCGCGACCCGAUCGUCUUUUUUUGCGUUCAACAUCUGUUGGUCAGGUGCCAAUUGAUGGCGAGCAGUCGCCAAAUGCUCGAACCGAGCGUCGUCGUGAAUCGAUAAAGGACCACUUGUUGAAAUUCAAAGCCAAAGCCGAGAAAAUUCUGGAAGACGUUCAAAUCGGCGCCAAAAAUGAUGAGAACGUCAGCGGCUCAUUCAUUUCGCAAACGUCGGACGCCGAGACACGCGAGGAUGUCUCGCUCAACGACGAGCAAGCCACAAGCGAGUCGUCGUUUCAGCAAGGGAAAAAGGAGAGCAAAGAGCAAUUGAGGAAUCGCAUUCGGAAAAGCGCCAAAAAGGCCGUCGAGCGAACGAAAGGAAGUGUGCAGCUGACGAAACGAUUGGCUCGACGGCCGACGAUCGUUCUCGAGGAAUCGAUUAAUGAAAAUGACAUUCGAUCGAUCGAUGAGCAAGUCGAGAAAACGAUCAAGAAAGAGGUCGACGAGUUCCUCAUCGGCAAUCAUCAUCAUCAACAACAGAGCGCAAAGAGGGAUCGCGAGCCGCGAAAUGUGCUCUACGGUCGCCUCGACACCCAAAAAUUCGAUCAUGACAUUCUCGUUAGCUAUACGACGCCGGAUCGCAAUAUUGUCUGCGGUGAAUUGAUCAAUAGGAAUAUGAUAGAGGCGGUGAAGACGGCGCCGACACGAAUUGAUUUUGCCGAGCCGAUUGGCGCGAUUUUCAGCGGUCCCGAAGGGUCCGAGGGGGUCUACAGCCGAUUAAGACGCAAAAAUUAUGUGCAACUCGACGUGUUCGUCGAUUCGCUCCACAUCGAUCAACACGAGUUGUUCGACAACGAGGAGAUGCUCGCGUGCGAGCUGCGCAACCUCUAUUUCGCGCAGAUGCUCAAAGUGCACGCGCUCGCCCAAAUCGAAUCGCAUCAAAUCGACGACGAUGAAAAAUCGGCAAUGCUCAACGAGAUACGAGCGGGUCGCGAGCGUCUCGCGUCGAUUUGGGACCAACUCAAAACGACGCGACAAUCGCAACGAUUCAUCGCCACCGAGGCCGUCUAUCAUCCGCCGGAGGCCAAUUUUGACGACGAUUGGACGAGAAUCGGCAAAAUCGACGAGAGCGCUCAAAUCACGCCGCUCAACAAAGUGCCGAAAACGCAUCGCGAGAGAAUUUCGAAGAUCAAAAAAACAUCAAUUCAAUUGAUACUAUUCUUCAAUGAAAUGGAAGUGAGCCGAACCGCAUGGCUUCCAUUGAAGACAUUUCUGAUAGCGGUGCUGCGGCGAUUCGAGCUCGAACUCUAUUCGCCGGCGCAAAGUUUGACGUUCAAGGUGUUCGAGAAGUGCGGCGCCGUCGUGAAGUCGGUCGGCGUCGCACGCGUGCCGUUGCCCAACGACAACGACGACGAGAUUGCGCUUCACGAGGCCGAGUUCGACAACGGCCGAAUUUUGUGCCGCGCGAUUCUCGAAAGCGGCCAACUUCGUUUCGCCGAUGAUUGCCACCGAAUCGACGACGCUUAUCCAACGGGUCAUGAGACGGAUGCUCGUUUCGAGCUCAUCCCCGACGACAUUUUCUUCGGUGAACCGAUUGACGCGUCGGCGGACAAACGGCGACUCGACGAGCUUCGCGACGAGCGCAAAUCACAAAUUAAAUACGUCUAUCGAAGCGCGAUCGAUUCGAAGCGACGAGCGGCGAUCAAUUACGCGAAUCUCGCGCGCAAACGCGUCGCCGAUCGACGCAUUCAGGCCGACAAAAAGUACGAGGAUCUCGUUCGCGAGCUUCCGAUUCCCUCGCUCUCCGUCGCCUUCUCGCAAUUCUUUUCGCCCGUCGACGAAUCGCGACGAUUGAAGCCAAUGCGACGAGGGGGCGGCGGCGGCGGCGGCACACUAGCCGACGGUUGGAAUCGCGCAAUUAUGAUCAACGUCCAAUCGGCGGUGUGUCUGCCGACUCGCGAGACCGGCCAACUUCAGCCAUUCGUCGUCGUUCGCUACGGCUCGCAAUCGCUGAAGAGCACGGUGGCGUUGGGAAGGCACCCGAAUUGGCAAUUCACCGGCAAACUGACGCUCAAUGAGAAUGAUCGCGAGCAAGAGUUCAUCGAGUUGAGCGUCUACGAUCAGAUUGUUGAACAACUCGACAAAGACGACCGAAUUCACAACGUCGUCUACGAGCAGCUCACUUCAAGACUAUUGGGCAUCGCGCAAAUUCGAUUCUCGGCUCUCGCGUCGGCCGCAAAACUCAAUGGUCCGAUCAAAUGGCACAUGGCGACACACAUUUCAAACUACAAGAUUCCCAUCGAGCCGGCGUUCCUGAAAAUUCUCAUCUCCACACAAAUCGCCGAUGGCGACGAGUGUAAUGAUGUCAAAGAGGUUGCUCAAACCAACGAGCCGGCGAGAAUCAUGUCAGCGUGUCACGAGUUGAAGCAGCACAUGCUCACCAUCAAUCCGAAUCGAACAUCAAGACCGUUCGUCGUCGAUCUCAAUGGUCGAAGUGUGUUGUGCUGCCGAUUCCUGCGAGCCGUCGUGCCGCCAACGAUUCUCAUGCAGGAGAAUCACGACAAUCUGUUUCGCAUUUGCCAACUCGCCGGCCAAAUCGUUUCGGCGAUGCCGAAAACGCGCGCGACGAGCCAGAGCGACAUCUGGGCGACGCUCGAUCAGAUCAUCAAUCUAGCCGUGUGCAGUUUAGAAGAGCGAGCGACGCUGCUCGCGUGCUGGUUGCUCCACUUCAAACUGCAACCCACCAUUCUUCUAGGAGUUGCGAGAGGCGAGAAGACCGGCUUCGUUUUAAUCGACAUCCACGGCAAGCACUAUCUUAUCGAUCCAGAAGAUGGGCACCUCUAUUCUGAAUCCGACGCCAACUGUCCAUUGGCAAGCAUCACCGGCGCAUUUGACGCCAAAAAUUAUUACGCCAACGUUCAAGAGUAUGAGAGUAUUUCUCAGAUCUCGCUUUCAUUCUCGAGGUCAUCUCAUUGGCGACCGUUGCUCGCCGCGGCCGCCGCCGACGAGCUUCAUCUCGACAGCGUUCAGCCGGCAAUCGUCCACUACGCGCAAGUCACCGAGGAUUGGGUGCUCGAAUUGCGAAUUGCGCUCGAACGCGAGAUCAAGUUGGCGUUCGACGAGGCGCGAUCGCACGCGAUACCCCACUGGAAUUUGGCGGCGUCGCGGCAAUUACGCGAAGCGCUUGAAGUCACCUCAUCGCCCGAUUCCAUCGGCAACGUCAUCGACGACAAAUUGUCGCGAAUCAAAGAAUCCUACAUUGUCAAUGUCGUCGUCUUCAAAAUACCCUAUGUGUCGAUACAAAACACAAUUGAAAGUGUGAUGCACACAAAUCUACACGAAGCACUCGACGAGCGCACACAAUUCGCGUUGGCCGUCCAAAUCGAACCCUAUUUUGCGCAUGUGAUUCACGUCGAAUUCGCCAUCGCCGCGUUAAAACCAAAAUUAUAA